AUGCGUUUGUUCCGCCAUCUUGGAUUUUCAUCUUCAACAAGAUCACAUCGCUACUUCACUGCUCGGAUAUCUCAUACUCCGAACUCUGUUUCUUCCUUUAACCUAACGAGUCUUCGCUUAACAACUAGUGGCGACAUCAGCCCGAACCCUGGUCCACCAAUUACGUCUUUUACAACAAAUCGUCGAGCAGUUAAACAUCGAAGCCAUCAUCAUAGCCACCGCUCCAACGUUGUGCAGGUAAACCGCGUAUCUGAUCUCCAUUUGAGUACAUCGAACACUCAGCUGACCAUGUGCACGUUAAAUGCUCGUUCUAUUUCAAACAAAUCUGCACUGUUUGUUGAUUAUGUCGACGAAUGCAAAGCUGACCUAGUUGCAAUAACUGAAACUUGGUUAUCAGACAACGACUCCGCUGUGUGCUACGAGAUAACUCCUGCUGGCUAUAAACUGUUACACUGCCCUAGGGGUGAUCGUAGAGGUGGAGGUACGGCCCUCUUGUUCAGAGAUAACAUCAAUGUUUCCAAGCUCGAAACUGUUUCAAGGAUUUCCUUUGAAUCUUCUGAAUACCUUGUCUGCACUGGCUCCCUACGCUUUCGACUGGCAAUCAUCUAUCGACCGCCGUACUCUGUUAAUCAUCCUGUGACUGUAAACAGCUUUAUUGACGAAUUUUCAGAGUACCUUGAAUCUGUUAUCCUAUCUAACGACGUCCUGUGUUUAACUGGCGAUUUUAACAUCCAUGUUGAUGAUCACAAUGAUUCAGCUGCUUGUCGCUUUUUGGAUUUAUUGGAGUCAAUGUCUUUAACUCAACAUGUGACAGAACCAACGCAUGAACUUGGUCAUACACUAGAUCUGGUAAUUACUCGAACGUCAGACAACCUUAUUAGCGGUCGACCAUCGCCUGACAUUCUAUUUUCGGAUCAUCUAGCGUUACUUUUCAAAUUGAAAACACCUCGACCACCUCUCAAAGUUGGGCGUGUCUCAUUUAGGAAGCUGCGAUCAAUUGAUAAGUCUGCUUUUGCGGAUGAAAUCUGUAACAGCGAGCUUCUUCAAACGGAUACUGAAGAUCCUGACGAGCUUGCCGCCUUAUUCAACAACACAUUGCGUUCCCUGCUGGAUCGGCACGCUCCUGUUAAGCAAAAGAAUGUUACUAUUAGAACUCGUGUUCCAUGGAUGAAUCAUGAAAUUAUAUCGGCUAAACGUCAACGGAGGAAAGCUGAAAGGAAAUGGAGGGCUUCUAAAGCACACAUCGAUUUACUAUCCUACCGCGCAAUGAGAAAUCGAGUGACGUUUUUGAGUAACGAGGCUCGUAGUGCAUACUAUACAAACUUCAUAACUGAGAACAGCACGGACCAGAGAAGGUUAUUUAGAGCAAAAUUUACUCUCCUGUCCGAAUCAGAGGUGUUUGAUUUAAUCAAAGCUUCAUCAAAGAAAUCUUGUCUUCUUGAUCCUAUUCCAACCAAGCUUCUUACUGACUUCGCCGAUGUGCUACUACCUCCGAUCACGAAAAUAAUAAAUCUUUCGCUUGAUUCUGGUUAUUUUCCACGCAUCUGGAAAAGUGCUCUAGUACGGCCGCUGCUGAAGAAGGAUGGAUUACCUCUUGUUUUUAAGAACUACAGACCCGUGAGUAAUUUGGCAUUUAUCUCAAAGCUGGUUGAGACUGUUGUUGCCAAGCAGCUACAGCAUUAUCUGAAUGGCAACAAUCUGUUCCCAGUGUUUCAAUCCGCCUAUCGACAGAACCACAGCACAGAAACUGCACUCCUUAAGGUUACGAAUGACAUUCUCCUUAACAUGAACAGUCAACGUGUUACUCUGCUUAUUCUGCUCGAUUUAAGUGCUGCCUUCGACACAGUUGAUCACGACACCAUGCUACGUCGACUUGAGUCAUCAUUUGGUAUACAGGGGAAAGCCCUCUCCUGGUUUACGUCCUAUUUGUCUGGUAGAACUCAACGGAUCAUGAUUAACGAUUCGCUAUCGGAACCUUUUAAAUUAGAAUGCGGUGUGCCUCAAGGUUCCUGUCUGGGUCCGUUAUUGUUUUCGUUGUAUACGAGCAAGCUUUUUGAGAUCAUUGAAUAUCAUUUGCCCACGAUUCAUUGUUACGCUGAUGACUCACAAGUUUACAUCUCAUUUAGUCCCAACGACAGAGCUGAACAACUUGCUGUAGUGAGGAGUAUGGAGGACUGCAUCAGAGACAUUCGUCUUUGGAUGUUGAAUAAUGAUCUUAAAUUAAAUGACGACAAGACUGAAUUCCUUAUCAUUGGCACAUCACAACAGCUGGGAAAGCUCGACAAUAUCAGUAUACGUGUGGGCGACUCAGACAUACACCCCGUGCCAAUUGCGAGAAAUCUUGGUUCCUGGUUUGAUUCAAGGCUCUCCAUGGCAACACACAUCACGAAAAUUUGUGCCUCUUCAUUUUACUACAUUUAUAAUAUUCGUCGGAUCAGAAAGUACCUUUCACAGCAGUCAACUGAAACUCUUGUCCAUGCAUUCAUAACGAGCCGCCUGGACUAUUGUAAUGGCCUAUUAUAUGGACUACCGGACUGCUUGUUGAAUAAGCUGCAACAAACAGAACACUACAGUGAAAGUCGAAAUGUCAGUGAAAUAGCGCUGGAUGCCCGUACACCCAACUUUGGAUGUCACUUUGAGAAGCAUUGCAUGACAUUCAAGGGAACGGCUGCGAAAGAAACCAGCAGUUUCAUAAAAUCAGAAAAUAUGGUGUUCUGA